CACCCCCGCCGCUUCCUCUGCUUGGGUGCUGCUCCGGCCUGACUUCCCCUUUCUCCCACCUUUCCCGGCACCGCGGGAAAAGCAGCGCAGGGCAGAGCAGGCAGGGAGGGCGGCCGGAGCCGGGACACGGGAGCCUCCCAGUCAGUUCAAGACCCGACAUGAGGGAAAAGGGCCGUAGGAAGAAGGGCAGGACCUGGGCGGAGGCCGCCAAGACGGUCUUAGAAAAAUACCCCAAUACACCCAUGAGUCAUAAAGAAAUUCUUCAAGUUAUCCAGAGAGAAGGACUAAAAGAAAUCAGGAGUGGGACUUCCCCUCUUGCAUGCCUCAAUGCAAUGCUGCAUACAAACUCCCGAGGUGAAGAAGGCAUCUUCUAUAAGGUUCCAGGUAGAAUGGGAGUAUAUACUUUGAAGAAAGAUGUGCCAGAUGGGGUGAAAGACCUAUCAGAAGGUUCAGAAGAAAGCAGUGAUGGUCAGUCAGAUUCCCAGAGUUCUGAGAACAGCAGCAGCAGCAGUGAUGGUGGCAGCAACAAGGAGGGAAAAAAGAGCAGAUGGAAAAGGAAAGUAUCAUCUAGGUUGUCACAGCCAUCCUCUCCCCAGUCAGGCUGCCCAUCACCUACCAUUCCAGCAGGUAAAGUCAUUUCUCCAUCACAGAAGCACAGCAAGAAGGCACUAAAGCAGGCUCUAAAGCAGCAACAGCAGAAGAAGCAGCAGCAGCAAUGCAGGCCAAGCAUGUCCAUCUCCUCCAGCCAACAUCUCUCUCUGAAAACUGUCAAAGCAGCCAGCGACUCUGUACCUGCCAAACCUGUAAUAUGGGAAGGAAAGCAAUCUGAUGGACAGUCAAGCAGCCCCCAGAACUCAAACUCCAGCUUUUCUUCCUCAGUUAAAGUGGAAAAUUCUUUGCUAGGCUUGGGGAAGAAGUCAUUCCAGAGGGCUGAGAGACUCCACACAAGGCAAAUGAAAAGGACUAAAUGUGCUGACAUUGAUGUUGAAACUCCAGACUCCAUUCUGGUUAAUACAAAUCUGCGAGCACUGAUCAACAAACACACCUUUUCAGUCCUUCCUGGAGAUUGCCAACAGCGACUGCUUUUACUCCUUCCAGAGGUGGAUCGACAGGUUGGUCCAGAUGGUCUGAUGAAGUUAAAUGGCUCAGCACUUAACAAUGAAUUCUUCACGUCAGCAGCCCAAGGCUGGAAGGAAAGACUCUCAGAAGGUGAGUUUACACCUGAGAUGCAGGUGAGAAUUCGACAAGAGAUUGAGAAGGAGAAAAAAGUGGAGCCAUGGAAGGAACAAUUCUUUGAAAGCUACUAUGGUCAGAGUUCUGGCCUCAGCCUUGAAGAUUCAAAGAAACUGACAACUUCCCCCAGUGAUCCCAAAGUAAAGAAAACCCCAGCUGAGCAACCAAAAUCCAUGCUUCCUUCAGAGGCUUCUCCUAUCAGAAUAGUCCCAGUUGUUCCCCAGUCAGAGUGUAAAGAAGAGGCAGUGCAAAUGCCAUUGCCAGUCAGAAAAGAAGGGCAUGAGAGCCAAGAUGAGGUGCAGCCAAAUGUCUCCAGAUCUACAGAGUCCCUACUUUCCUCAGCUAGCAAUGCAAAUGAGCUUAGCAGCAUUCCUCCCAUCAAGUGCCCAAAGGAUGAGGAUCUCUUGGAGCAGAAGCCAGUUGCCUCUGCUGAACAGGAAUCUGAGAAAGAGAAUCAUCUCACCACAUCUUCUAAUUAUAACAAAAAUGAAAGCCAAGAAGCUUUAGUUAUAUCCCCAAGCAAACCCAAGGGUCCUGGGGUGGAAAAACCAAUCAUGAAGCCCAUAGCAGAAGCAGGUCCACAAGAGACCAUUAUGAGGGAACCUCCAGCAACUCCUGUUGAUCAGAGCCCAGAAAGCCUCAAGAGGAAAUCUUCUGUCACUCAAGAAGAGACCCCUGCAAGCUGGGAGAAAAGGCCACGUGUCACUGAGAAUCGCCAGCACCAGCAGCCAUUUCAAGUCUCGCCACAGCCCUUUCUCAAUAGAGGGGACAGAGACCAGGUGCGAAAAGUACCACCCCUCAAGAUCCCGGUCUCCAGAAUCUCCCCCAUGCCGUUUCCUGCAUCGCAGGUCUCUCCCAGGGCUCGUUUUGCAGUCUCCAUCACUAGUCCUAACAGAACAGGAGCCAGAACUCUUGCAGACAUCAAAGCAAAAGCCCAGCUGGUCAAAGCACAGAGGGCAGCAGCUGCAGCCGCCGCCGCAGCUGCUGCAGCCGCCUCAGUUGGAGGGACCAUUCCAGGACCUGGUCCAGGGGGUGGACAAGGUCCAGGAGAGGGCAGUGAAAGGAAAACUGCUAGAGGAGGGAGUCCAGGCUCAGACAGAGUCAGUGAAACUGGAAAGGGCCCCACACUGGAACUGGCAGGAACUGGAAGCAGGGGAAGUACGAGAGAGCUUUUACCCUGUGGUCCAGAGAUUCAGCCCCAAUCUGAGACCAAGACCCCAGGCCAGGCACAGCCUCAUAGUGUCUCUGGAGCACAACUACAGCAAACCCCCUCAAUGCCUCCAACACCUGCCAUCAGUGGAGCAUGCACAAGUGUCCCAUCACCAGCCCACAUAGAGAAACUGAAUAAUGAAAAACUGAAAAACCCCACAAGGGCAACAGGCACAGUAGCCUCUCUCAGCCACCAACAAGGACCCAGUAGUUGUAGACAAGAGAAAGCAUCUUCUCCAACAGGUCCUGCUCUAAUUUCAGGUGCCUCACCUGUUCGUUUUGCAGCUGAUGGCAUGGUUGAGCCCAAAGCAGGUUGUAGUAAGAAUAUAUCAAACCCUUCAGCCUCAGCAGUGACAAAUGCUAGUGCUCCAGUGGAUAUGACUCCCUCUCCUUUAACAUCCUUAUUGACAACAGCCACUUUAGAAAAGCUUCCUGUACCCCAGGUCAUUGUAACAACAGCACCUACUGGAUCAGCUUCAUCCUCAAGCACUUUGCCAGCAGCUUCAAGCCUUAAAGCCCCAGGAGCUUCUUUAAAUAUGAAUGGACCUAUUUCAAGACCAAGCUCUAGUAUCCCUGCUAAUAAUCCUUUAGUUACUCAGCUGCUCCAGGGCAAAGAUGUUCCCAUGGAACAAAUUUUGCCUAAACCUCUCACCAAAGUUGAAAUGAAAACUGUUCCACUGACUACAAAAGAGGAAAAGGGGAUGGGAGCACUCACAGGUACCAGUACAACAGAAAACAGCACCAGAGAAGAAGUUACCGAGAGACAGUCCCAUCCAGGUAUACAGCAACUGGGUAAAACCUUGCAAAGUAAGCAGGUCCCCCAGGUUCCAAGACCUCUUCAGCUUUUUUCAGCUAAGGAUCUGAGGGACUCUAGCAUUGAGAUACACCAAUACCAAGAAGGACUAAGUAAAGCAACCCAAGAUCAGAUCCUUCAGACUCUCAUCCAGAGGGUUCGGAGGCAAAAUGUUCUCUCAUUUGUGCCGCCCUCCCAGUUCAACUUCACUCACUCAGGUUUCCAGUUAGAAGACAUCUCCACAAGCCAGAGGUUCAUGCUGGGUUUUGCUGGUAGAAGGACAUCCAAGCCUGCAAUGGCAGGUCACUACUUACUUAAUAUUUCCACCUAUGGCCGAGGUUCAGAAAGCUUUAGGAGGACCCAUUCUGUAAACCCUGAAGACCGUUUUUGUUUAAGUAGCCCCACUGAAGCCUUGAAAAUGGGAUAUACAGACUGUAAAAAUACAGCAGGAGAUAGCAGCAGCAGCAGCAGAGAAGACGAUACUGAUGAGGAAAGCACUGGUGAUGAGCAAGAAUCUGUUAUGGUGAAGGAGGAGCCUCAGGCUUCCCGGGGUUCCGGCAAGUGUGAUGCAGGUUUGGGACCCCACAGCAGGGAAACCCUAUCCACCAAUGAUUGUUUAGCUAAUAAGAAUGUGAAGGCCGAGACAGCAGUGAAUGAGCAAACCACUUUAAGUAAGGAGAAUUACCUGUUCACUAGAGGCCAAACAUUUGAUGAAAAGACCUUAGCCAGAGAUUUUAUUCAGGCAGCACAGAAGCAAAUGGCUCAUGCAGUGAGAAGUAAGACAAUGCGUAGCAGCCCUGAGCUUUUCAAUUCUACUGUUCUUCCUCUACCUGCAGACAGUCCCACCCAUCAGCCUCUGCUCCUUCCACCAUUGCAAACCCCAAAGUUGUAUGGAAGCCCCACACAGAUAGGGCCAAGCUACCGAGGCAUGAUCAAUGUUGCCACCUCAUCUGACAUGGACCAUAACUCUGCUGUACCAGGUAGCCAGGUAUCUAGCAAUGUAGGUGAUGUCAUGUCCUUUUCAGUGACCGUCACAACCAUCCCUGCUAGCCAAGCUAUGAAUUCCAGCAGCCAUGGACAGACCAUUCCUGUUCAAGCCUUUCCUGAAGAGAACAGCCUAGAGGACACACCUUCGAAAUGUUAUUGUCGAUUGAAAGCCAUGAUCAUGUGCAAAGGGUGUGGAGCUUUCUGCCAUGAUGAUUGCAUUGGCCCCUCCAAACUGUGCGUUUCCUGCCUUGUCGUUAGGUAAUGAGACUAGAAAGAGACAUAUUGUAAAGGAGGGGAAAGGGAAGUGUUGACAAGAUGUGCUUUUUUGCGUCCUUUUUGGAAUCACAGAAAUAAGUAGGUUUCAUUUGUCUUAAGAGACAAAUGUUACUUAAUCAGGAAAACAGUACAAAUCUUUUACAUUUUAGAGGAAGAACACCUUGUAUAGUAAAUCUUAAGUCAAGCAAGACUGUGGAUUUGUGACAAGUUUGCACUUACAAAAUCAUGUAAAUAGGUCACAUUUUGUUUAACAUUAUUUUCCCAACUGUUUAGGUAAUAAUGUAUUACUUUGAAUUCAGAUUUAUGUUUCACUUCCUGUGACUCUGAGAAAAGUUUAAUGCCAAGCAUGGUGAAAGGAAGCUGUUUCCCUUCUGACCUUUCCUAAGAGGCUAGGAAAAGGAAGGAGUGAAGGAAUGGUCCAAAGAAAUAACCAUUUACAAUGAUUAUGUCUUGACAGUCUGGAUAUAGAUUAUUCAUAGAUUACUCAGCAUUUGCAGGAUUUGGAUUUACGGUUUACUCAGUUCCUUUACCUUAAGUGGAACACAGGUAGUGUUUCCGACUCUGAAUGCUCUGACUUGGUUCUUGGCAUCCAUAAACCAGUACUAUUGCCAAGCACUCUGCUUGCAGUUUGUGGAUCCCUGCUGUUCCCUAAUUUCAUUCCCUUGCCUUGAGACAGUGAAUGUGAUCUGUGAAGGUUGACAUACUAGUAUAAAACAAACAGAAAAAUGUUGUGAUGGGGUGAUUUGAACUUUGUCUUUUUAGGCAAAGGGAAUGUAACUGCAGAGACUGUUAAACUGAACCUAAAGAACUUUGGAAAACAAUUUUAACACUAGAAACAAGGUAGUCUCUCUUUUCCUCUUCUCUCCCAACCCAGUACCUAAUGUUGUAUAUAGUCAGCUGUUGUCACAGGUAGAAGAGCUCAUUAAUGCUACAUUUGCUCAUUCUGUUCAACCUGUUUUGACCUCCCAGAUGUCUGAGGAGGAGGGAGUAAUUUUAGCUCAUCUUGCUUUAAACACAAGUGUGUGCACACACGCAUAUGCAGUAUAAAACACUUCCUGCUUUAGAAAAUGUAUCCCCUGUUUUGGAUUACUGCUGUCUAUACACUAGACAUUUCUAAUGUAAAGGGGCUUCAGUGAAUGGCUAAGGGAACAUCUGGAAAGGAAGAAAAAUUAGCUCCAGUGUUCUGUUGUUUGUUUUUGCUUAUUUUUCUUUUUUCUUUUUUUGUUUUUUACAUUUUUCUGUAGUGACUAAAGAAUUUUUGAGUACGUAAUAUUUAGGUCAUGGUUCAAGAACAUUAAAAUAAACUGUAGUUUGCCAGAACUUGGUAUUAAAUUGGAGAUUGUCAGUUUGCAUCAUUUGCAUAUUGAUUUCAAACCUCCUAAUUUGAAAUGUGUAAAGAAUAUUAGUGCCACCUAGUACAGUUGUAUUUGUACUUGAAAUAUUCAGGAUGUGAUAGUUCCAAAAUGCAGAACAGUUUAAACUUGUUAGUUAAGUCACAUUCCAGAUUAGGAGAAAGUAGGCAGUAAUAAUCUGUGUUUUGUCCCUGUUCUGCUACCCAUCCCUGCCCACCCCACCCCCUGCAUCAUACACUUCUUUUAAUACUUUCCCACAGUCCCUGCUCCAAACCCUAUAAACUCACUUCACUAUUUUACAUUUUUCCUCAUUGGUUUUUUUGUGCCCAAGGCAAACAUAGGGUUAAUACCUAUUCCAGUUUCAGCCAGAACAAUAGGAUAUCCUUCUAUCUUCCCUUUUCUUCCAGCACAGGCAUAACUAAGAGAUAAGAUGACUGACUGCAGGGAUCCAGGCAUAAGGCGUAAGUUCUCGAGUCAAGAACCAGUAGGAAACAGAAACCAUGGUUUUGCAACCAAACUUUCAGUAUCCUGGGUAAUCUGAGAGGGGGUUAAGAAGAUUUAACCCAGCCUCUUCACUCCCUACCUCAGAGCCAGGGCUGAGUGUGGUCUGUGUGCUGGAAGAGGUUGAGUGUUUCAGAAUUGACCCCAUGCUAAAUGUCAGUCACCAAUUUGGAUUGAUGAAAGUGAUUUUUCUGCUUUUUUCCUUUCCUUUCAGAAAGGCUUUCUUCCAUGGUUCCAUCAACCUGAGGAUAAACAGACUAUAUAUAACCAGGAAGGAGGAAAGGCAUCAGGGAUUUUCAAGUCUACUUAGAGAGCAAACCAUAUUGUGCCUCUUCAUCUAGACCCAGGCUCUUGCAGAUAGGUCCUAAGCAUUGCUAUUCACCAGAUUUUCUUAACAAAUAAUACUAUACUCAGCUAAAUAUUUGCAUUUAGGAAUACUCCUAAAACAGAAAUUGCCAGCUAUGUGCAUUGCCUCAAUCUUGAUCAGAUGAGAGAACAAUUAGAUUCUUUUAGAUUGGUAGUAAAUUAAAUACCAAUCCAUUUAUUUGUUUCAAAACAAUGAGUGGAAAGCCAUUCCUCUUACAAAUUGAACAGAAAAAAUAACAAUAAUAAAAAAAUUUACAAUCUGACCCUUUAGAAAAUGAAGCAAUAGAAACAAGAAAACCUUUAAAUUAUUAGAUUAUUGUACUCUAGUACCUUCAAAGCAAUUUUCAUCUUAGUUUUUGAGUUGUUUUACCUUUCAGUCUGAAAUGUUUUAAUAACUGCUAAGCUUAUUCUUAGAGUAUUAUGUGGCACUAUUUCCAGUGACUAGUCAGGCAUUAUGCCUGAUGCAUAUGCCUCCAGUGUACCCUAGCCUUCAGACACCCUCCACUGCAGGUCACCUUGGGGAGAUAGCAUUAAUAAUAUCAUCUCAGUCUUAUUUAUAAAUAUUCUAAGUUGUAUAGUAGAGAAAGCUCCCUGAAUCUAAGAAUUUUAAAGCCAAAUAACCUGGAGUUGUUUGCCCUACUUCUGUUCCUUAACCCCUGUGCUCAAAAUACUGAAGCUAUCUAUACUAUCCCAUGUAAUAUUUUAGAGAAUAAAAGCUGGCCAUUGGCAAUUUCUCCUGUGGUGGGGGGAGCAUACUUAACAUGGAUUGAGAAGGCACACAGAUGUAGAUGUUUUAGAGCUUGUCUCAGAUUUAAAUAAGUAGCCAAAGGAAGACCUUAUUGCCUUCGAGGUGAAGGUGCAAAGUCAUACAUAUUAAUGACCUGACAGUUACCAUUCUAAUUGCUUAUUGUUGCCUUUCUCCACUUUAAAGAAUCUUAAAGAACUCUUUGGUGAAAUGAAUUGGUAUAGUGAGGAGUGUCUUCUCUGGUCAUUACACUGCUAUUUAUUUCUAGAACUCCCUGUCAGUGAGCAGUGCCAGGGUUGUUUUUCUCUUUGACCUACAGGCUUCACAUCACAGCAAGGAGAGAAACAUCUCCCCGUUGCAUUACAGCAAUGUGCUAAGUAAAAAGCUUGGCCAAGGACAGUUUUCAGCUCAAUUUUUAGAAUAGUCCAAAGAGACUUUGAGAAACAUGAUGAUAGGCAGGGACCUUUCCUACCAUGUUUCAGUACCUACAUACCUAUUGAAAGAGAACAAUAGGUAAAGCAUUUCCUAAAGUUGAAGCAAUAGCUUCAUAGAGUCUUGGUUACUUUAUUUUUUUUAAUGCUUUACAUUUGAUACAACUAUUAAAGAUCAAUUUUAAAAAUAGCUUUCCAGUAAUAUAUUUUAAGUAAUAUAUAUUUUAAUAUCUAUGUAAAAAGUAACAAUGGAAAACUGAAUUUCUCAUAUAUGGUAUGUUUAAUGUAGGACCUCACUGUUAAGGCACAAAUUAUUUCAAAGGAAGUCACUCUAAAGACACUCAGAUUAUUUCCAAAAAAUGCAAUAAGGGGAAUAGUUUUGGGUUUAUUUUUUGUUUUAAAAGAAAGUUGACUUAUUUACCACAAGCUAUUUUUCCCUUCUGGCUAUAAGGUUUGUAUAGAUUGGUUUGGAAAAUUCUGAAAUUUUGUGUCUUUUGCCUUUUUAAAGGAAUUGUUAACAUUGGAAUUGAGGGUAUGUACAGAGAAGUUGGUGUCAACACCAUUUAAAAAGUCAUAUUUUUUCACAAAUAUAGAAUAAAUCAUUUUACAUAAGAAUUUAAAGUAUUUGCAAUAAAUAUAUGUAUAUAGAUUG